AAGAGAGAAAGAGGGGAUAGGACGAGAGAGAGAGAGAGAGAGAGAGAGAGAGAGAGAGAGAGAGAGAGAGAGAGAGAGAGAGAGAGAGAGAGAGAGAGAGAGGAUGGUUGUGAGGGGUGAUGACGAAGCGGAGGAAGGGAGGGAGGAGGGAGUGCCAGGAGUGGUGAUAGAGGAGGGGGAGGAAAAGAAGGAGGAGGAGGCUGAGGAGGUAAAGAUGGAGGAGGCGGAGGACGAUGCGGAUAUAUCCCAAGAGGAUGGCUGGGCUGUGAUCAGCAGUUUCUUCGACGGGAAAGGAUUGGUCCGUCAGCAGCUUGACUCAUUCAACGAGUUUGUCCAGAACACUAUGCAGGAAAUCGUCGACGAAUCCGGGAAGAUCGAGCUGACAGCUGAAUCUCAGCAUAUUCCCGGUCACCAUGUCGAUCCGACGGCGGAGGUCAAGUACAAGGUCGAGUUCGGUCAAAUAUACCUCAGCAAGCCGAUGAUGACGGAGUCGGAUGGAGAGACGUCAACGUUGUUUCCAAAGGAGUCUAGGCUGCGCAAUCUGACGUACGCCGCUCCAUUAUACGUUGACGUCACGCAAACAAUCACCCAGAAAUUAGUACCAGGAAAGAGUGCCAAAGGAGGAGGAGGAGGAGGAGGAGGAGAAGAUGGAUUGGUUGGAGGGGAGGAGGAAGAGGUGGAAAAGGAUGUACAUAGCAAAGUGUUCGUAGGCAAAGUGCCGAUAAUGCUGCGAUCGGCGUACUGCAGCUUGUACGGACAGUCGGAGAAGGAGUUGACCCAGCUAGGAGAAUGUCCGUACGAUCAGGGGGGGUACUUCGUGAUCAACGGCAGCGAGAAGGUGUUGAUUGCGCAAGAGAAGAUGAGCAGCAACCACGUGUACGUGUUCAAGAAGGCUCAGCCGAGCAAGUACGCUUACGUGGCGGAGGUUCGAUCGAUGGCCGAGGGUCAGAACAGACCUGCAAGCUCGAUGUUCGUCCGUAUGUUGACCAAGAGCGGAGGGGAGAGAGGAGGUGGUGGUGGUGGUGGUGGUGUUGAAGGACCUGUCAUGAGGGCUUCCCUCCCUUAUAUACGACAAGAUAUACCGGUUGUCGUCGUUUUCAGAGCUCUGGGGUUAGUUGCAGACAAGGACAUAUUGGAACAUAUACUGUACGACAACGUCGUUGACCCAGCGAUGACGGAGCUGCUGCGGCCUUCGUUGGAAGACGCCUUCGUGAUUCAAAACCAGAUGGUGGCGUUGGAUUUCAUCGCCAAGCGGGGCUCCACCGUGGGUGCAACGAGGGAGAAGAGGGUUCGAUACGCAAAGGAGAUCCUUCAGAAAGAGCUGCUGCCACACAUCGGGGUCGGCGAGUUCUGCGAGACCCGAAAGGCGUUCUAUUUCGGCUAUGUCAUCUACCGGCUGCUGCUGUGUGCGCUGGGUCGGAGGGGAGAAGAUAGCCGCGAUCACUACGGCAACAAGAGAGUGGACCUGGCUGGGCAGCUGCUGUCCGGACUGUUCCGACAGCUGUUUCGCAAGCUGACAAAAGACGUCAGAACGUACCUGCAGAAGUGCGUUGACCAACAGAAAGAAGUCAACCUCGCGUACGCCAUCAAGGCGAAGACGAUCACCAGCGGCCUCAAGUACUCCCUAGCAACUGGGAAUUGGGGAGGCAGUCCAUCAGGAGGAGGAGGUGGUGCGGCUCGAGCUGGGGUAUCUCAGGUGCUGAACAGAUUGACUUUUGCUUCCGCUCUGUCUCAUCUCCGGCGGGUUAACUCUCCGAUCGGACGAGAGGGGAAGCUGGCGAAGCCCCGGCAGCUGCAUAACACUCACUGGGGGAUCAUCUGCCCCGCGGAGACCCCCGAGGGCGCGGCCUGCGGACUGGUCAAGAACUUAGCGUUGACUGCGUGCAUCUCCGUAGGGUCACCUGCCGCUCCCAUCCUGGAGUUCCUGGAGGAAUGGACCACGGAGAAUCUGGAGGAGAUCUCCCCCGCCGCGGUAGUCAAGUCCACCAAGAUCUUCGUCAACGGAAAUUGGGUGGGCAUCCAUCGGGAUCCCGACCUGUUAGUCCGAACGCUGAGGCAGCUGCGCCGGCAGGUGGACCUGCCAACAGAGGUGGGAGUGGUGCGAGACAUCCAGCUAGGGGAGCUGCGACUGUACACAGACGCCGGAAGAUGCAGCCGGCCGCUGUUUAUUGUGGAGAACCAGCGGCUGGUGAUAAGGAAGCGCCAUGUGAAAGCUCUGCAGCACAGAGAAGUGACCCAGUUCGGAUGGGAGGAGUUGAUCUCCCGAGGUUUUAUAGAGUACGUGGACACGGAGGAGGAAGAGACCACCGUGAUUGCCAUGACGCUUGCUGACUUGGUUAACGCCCACAAGGCUGCCAACGAUGCCUACGCUAUCUACACCCAUUGCGAGAUCCACCCCUCUCUCAUUCUUGGCGUUUGCGGGUCCAUCAUUCCCUUCCCCGAUCACAAUCAAUCUCCUAGAAACACCUAUCAGUCUGCUAUGGGCAAGCAAGCGAUGGGCAUUUACGUGACCAAUUACCAGUUAAGGAUGGACACGCUGGCGUAUGUGUUGUAUUACCCUCAGAAGCCACUGGUCACCACACGUGCUAUGGAUCACCUGCACUUCCGCGAGCUGCCUGCUGGACAGAACGCUGUGGUGGCGAUCGCAUGCUACUCGGGGUACAAUCAAGAAGACUCGGUUAUCAUGAACCAAUCGUCCAUAGAUCGAGGGUUCUUUAGGUCCAUCUUCUAUCGGUCCUAUAGAGACGAAGAGAGGAAGCAAGGAAGCCUGAUCAAAGAGGAAUUCGAAAAACCGGACAAGGAGUGCACCCUUGGGCUGCGACACGGGUCGUACGCCAAGCUAGACGACGAUGGACUGGUGUUCCCAGGCCUGAGAGUUUCUGGCGAUGACGUCAUCAUAGGCAAGACUGUGCCUUUACCGUCUCCUUCCCCCGAGGAUUUGGAGAUGAACAGUGAUGCCGUUCUCAGAAGCUGCAGCGAUAGCGGAAUGGGGUCCAGCCAUGUGUCCAGGUUCCAGAAGAAGGACUCUAGCACCGUCCUUAGACACAGCGAGAACGGGAUGAUCGACCAAGUCCUCCUCACUACCAACGAUGAGGGCCUCAGGUUUGUCAAAUUGAGGGUUCGAUCCGUGCGGAUUCCACAGAUAGGAGACAAGUUCAGCUCACGACAUGGACAGAAGGGCACCGUCGGGAUGACUUACACCCAAGAGGACAUGCCCUGGACUUGUGAGGGUAUAACUCCCGAUAUCAUUGUCAAUCCCCAUGCAAUCCCCAGCCGGAUGACCAUUGGUCAGCUGAUCGAGUGCAUCAUGGGUAAGGUGGCCACCCACGUUGGGAGAGAGGGAGAUGCCACUCCCUUCACAGAUGUGACUGUAGAUAACAUUAGCAAAGUUCUGCACAAGUGCCAGUAUCAGAUGAGAGGGUACGAAGUGAUGUACAAUGGGCACACAGGGAGGAGGUUGAGCGCACACAUUUUUCUGGGGCCAACGUACUACCAGAGAUUGAAGCACAUGGUCGACGACAAGAUCCAUUCGAGAGGGAGGGGGCCCGUGCAGCUGUUGACCCGGCAGCCGGCCGAAGGACGGUCGAGAGAGGGAGGACUCCGAUUUGGAGAGAUGGAAAGGGACUGUAUGAUUGCCCAUGGAGCGGCCGCCUUCUUGAAAGAACGGCUGUUAGAUCAAAGUGAUGCGUACAGGGUGCAUGUUUGCAAAAUCUGUGGUAUGCUCGUCAUAGCCAACCUGAAGAAGAAGACGCUGGAGUGUAGAGGAUGCAAGAACAAGACUGAUAUCGUGCAAGUGCACAUCCCGUACGCCUGCAAGCUGCUGUUUCAGGAGCUGGUCUCCAUGGCCAUAUCCCCAAGGAUGUUUACGGACGCCUGCGGGAUAAAAGGAGGAGAAGGAGACGAAGCUGCGCUGAGAGGAUCAUGUGUGGAAAUGGGGGGAAGGGAAACGGCACAGCAGCAGGAGGAGGAGGAGCAGCAGCAGCAGCAGGAGGAGGAGGAGGUGGUGGUGGUUUGGAGGUGACUGUCUGUUCAUGAAUCAUGGGUGAAGAGCAUCUGAAGAUUCUGAACAAACUCAGAUUGCCAUC